UUUGAGGACACAACAAUUUAUAAAUUACAUAUAAGAAAUGUAUUUCUGUCAAAGGUAGAACAUGAUAGGGAUCGUAGAGUCAGAGCGCGAGACUCAAUUUUUCGUCACGACUAAACAGGAAGGAAGAUCCAAUGAUUGGACGAACGAUCCUGUCCAAAAUGCAAUCGCCUGCAGUGUUGACGCAUUGCGAGCACGAUAAUUCAUUGCCGUGCUCCAUGUGACUCGCAUUAACUAAUUCACUACGAUCUAACACCCAGGGGGUCAUGGAACCCAUGGGACAUCCGUGGCCUUCUGGGACUCGCAUUCCCAUGACGACGAAACGUACAUGUACAUAUCGUAGUCUGUAAAUUUAACAAAACAAUUAUAUAAAUUCUUUGAGAAAGCUCAUCCAUUGAUAUAGUUUUAUCUGCUUCUAAAUAUCUUCUAUUUUGUUUAGUUUUUACCAAAAAUGUUUUUUUUUUUAUAAAUUUAGAAUAAUUUAGAUAUUCGUGAAUGUGUGUGAGACUGAAAAUAUAUCAUUACGGAAAUAUUAUUGAAAUACGUUGCAGUUUUUUUACGAAUUAUAAUAUUUAAUAUAUUCGAGGUUUGUGUAUCUUGCAGCUACAACUAUGUCAAAAUGUUAUUAAAUUAUAUACUACACACACAUGCAGCUCUAUAUGAAUAUCCGUCACGUGUCGAGAGAAAAUCGCGAGAAAUUUACGUCAAACGUAAAAUGACAAAAUACAUUCAUUACGAGAAGCUCAAAAAAUAUUGGCGUAGGCAAAUGUAUUACUUAUUAUACCCUGAUAUUCGUUUGUGUGCGAGAAUGCAAAACGUACGUUGUUGCAGAUUAUCGAGAGGUCAAUUCGUUCUCGGAAAGAAUUUAUCUCAGUUGCAGGUUCUCACACACACUGGCAAUGAGUCAACUUUUGACAGAUCUUUAUCGCGAUUAAUUGUCGUGAUUGCCGGGCUUCAUUGCUCGAUAUUCAUUGUCAGCGAUCGGCGAAAAUGCGCCUUUUCGCUCUUCUCCGCGAUUUCUUCACAAAUCGUCUCACAACGAUAUCCGACUCUGUUGCGGUUGGUGCAGUUUCGCGAAAUUUUUACAUCGUGUACAAACAAAUGUAUUAACAUUUAAUGUGACCGAAUCAUGCCGACUGUAUGUAAAACGAGACAGAAUAGGAAUUUUCGCGGAGAAGGUUAAACUGUUGGCGUCUUGUGACGUCUUCCAACUUAAUGACGUACAAAAGUGCCUAAUUGCUAGAUAAACCGUUCGUCGCUAAAAAUAUGCCUUAUAUAUACAUGUGAGUCUACUUUACACUUCGAGUCUAUUUUGUACGCCGAGUCUUUGUGUUUCUUACUUUUGUGAUACUUGCCGUGCGACAAACAAAAAUUUUUAAAUGGACUAAUUAUUAUUCUAAAAAGUGCAGGUAAUAUAAUUAAUAUGCACGAUCUAAUUUCUUCUUUCACCAUCUAUUUUCAGCUUCCCCGAUAUCUAUAUUUGAACAAGCGCGAUAUAAUACAUUUUGCGAGUGUUAUUAAGCCAUGACGAAAAAGCUGUAUCGGAAGUUAAAAUCAUUGCGCAGCGUUAAUUAGCUGGCGCAAAUUUGCACGCUCGGCGGGGCUUUUGAGUAUAGCAUAAUAGAUACGCACGGCGAUUAUCUCUUUGCAUCACGAUGUCCGAUAUAGGAACAGAUCAAACAAACGAUUUGUACGGUAUGGUUGAUCAACAAUUAAAGGCCUUUCUGCUUACGUGCAUGCCGCUGAAUCCGCUCUUGUUUAAUUAUCUGCAUGCCGUCUUCGAAAAUUACUCGACACUUAGCCACCGUAUGAGAAGAUGUAUGGUCGCUAUACGAAGGAUCUGGGUGAAUACGCGAAGGAAGAGGCGCGCAGACUCAAGUACCAUGAGAAAGCGAGACGAAAGUAUGAUACGACGAGGGCCGAGGACCUGCGAAAGUCCCGGGGUCCUUUGUGCCGGAAAUUGUUAGCCCUACUGGCCUUCGUCUGGAAACACACCGGCGCACGGCUUGGCGAGGAUUGGGUUUUCCUGGCUCUCCUCGGAAUCAUUAUGGCGCUUAUCAGCUACGCCAUGGACCGUGGCAUCUCCAUGUGCAAUAACGCCAGGAUAUGGCUCUAUCAGGAUCUUACGACGCAUCCGGCUCUCAAGUACCUGGCCUGGGUGUCUAUGCCUGUAUGCCUCAUUCUCUUCAGUGCUGGUUUCGUGCACAUCGUCGCGCCGCAAAGUAUUGGCUCCGGGAUCCCGGAAAUGAAGACCAUCCUACGCGGGGUGGCGUUGAAGGAGUACCUGACCUUUCGUACCUUGAUCGCUAAGGUUAUCGGCUUAACGGCGACCUUGGGCUCGGGGCUGCCGCUUGGCAAGGAGGGUCCGUUUGUGCACAUCGCCAGCAUCGUCGCAACGCUUCUCUCGAAAUUGGUCACGAGCUUCCAGGGUAUCUACGAGAACGAGAGCAGGAACUGCGAGAUGCUGGCCGCGGCCUGCGCCGUGGGAGUCGCCUCCUGCUUCGCGGCGCCGAUCGGUGGCGUACUCUUCAGCAUCGAGGUCACCACGGUAUACUUCGCGGUGAGAAACUAUUGGCGCGGUUUCUUCGCCGCGGUUUGCGGCGCCACGAUGUUUCGCCUGUUGGCGAUCUGGUUCCAGCGCGAGGAGACCAUCACGGCGAUGUUCGCCACCAGCUUCACCAUGGACUUUCCCUUUGAUCCGCAAGAGCUCUUCGUCUUUGCUCUGAUCGGCGUCGGCAGCGGGCUGCUGGGCGCCUUCUACGUCUGGUUGCAUAGGCAAUACGUCAUUUUUAUGCGGAAGAACAAGAGCAUGAACAGCUUUCUACAGAAGAACCGCUUUUUGUAUCCCGGCAUCGUGUCGCUCCUGGUCUCGUCUGUAUCAUUUCCGCUGGGACUCGGCCAAUUCAUGGCCGGCGAUCAGAACACACACGAUCAGGUUUACGGGCUCUUCACUAAUUUCACUUGGACACAGGAGAAUCUCGGCGUUCAGGAGAUGAAUAUUGUCAAGCACUGGUCAACACCGUACACUGACGUUUUCAGCGGACUCCUCAGUUUUGUUUUAGUUACCUUCAUCUUUUCUAUCAUAAGCUCAACGGUGCCGGUACCAUCUGGAAUCUUCAUCCCCGUGUUCAAGAUCGGUGCCGCGUUAGGUAGAGCAGUCGGUGAAGCAAUGGCACUCUGGUUUCCUACUGGUGUGCGCUAUGGCGGGAUAAUUACACCUAUUAUACCAGGUGGUUACGCUACAGUGGGGGCAGCUGCGUUUUCCGGUGCGGUAACGCAUACGAUAUCCGUCAGCGUCAUCAUCUUCGAGAUGACCGGUCAGAUCACUCAUAUUGUGCCGAUAAUGAUAGCGGUGUUGAUUAGUAAUGCUAUCGCCGCGCUUCUACAGCCUAGUAUAUACGAUAGCAUUAUUCUUAUCAAGAAGUUGCCUUACUUGCCCGAUUUGCUACCAUCCAGUUCAGGAAUGUAUAAUAUCUAUGUGGAGGAUUUUAUGGUACGUGACGUGAGGUACAUAUGGCACGGUAUCAGCUAUCAAAAACUGAAGGAUAUAUUGAAGGAGAAUCGCAAGCUUCGCGGAUUUCCGUUAGUGGAUAAUCCGGACUCCAUGAUACUGCUUGGAUCGAUUCAGAGAUUACAGUUAAUCAAGCUUAUCGAGAAGCAUAUCGGUCGCGAAAGAAGGUUGCAGGUCGCGCAAAAAUGGCACAAGGAGGCAGAGGAAAGGGCGCGUGAAGAAAUGGAACGACAAUUGCGGGAGCAAGAGAGAACGAGAAGACCUUCGAGAUUCGAGGUCAUCCCGGCACCGGACAUUCUCAAGAUGCAGCGGCAAAGUGUUAAUGAUCUAACAAUGUCAUCAAACAACGGUGGCGGUCCUGAUCAUCAUACGUACCAUUCACCGAUAUUCGGCUCGCAACCGAAGAAAUCGAUCCUGAAGAAGACGAAUUCUUUCACUCUAAAAGGAUUCAGCCCGUUGGUUAGUCCGGCUGUGACACCCUAUACGACUGUUACAGGUGCGGAAAGCAGAAUACGUUUGGCAUUCGAGGCAAUCUUCCGUAAAUCCGCCACGUUGCAGGAUGUGGAUCCCGACCCAGAGCUAGGCAGCGGUACCAGACGCGGCGAUAGCCAGGAAGUCAUCAAUGUACCGCCACAUACGCCCAUGUUGGCUCCAAGCCCAGCAACAUCGAAGAAAGUACAAUUGCCUCGGGAAAGGGUGAUAGAUAUGUCGGCCGAGGAUCAAAAACGAUGGGAGGAAAGCGAGAUGGCACUUGAGGUGGAUUUCUCAAGAUGUCACAUUGAUCCGGCUCCCUUCCAACUAGUUGAGAGAACGUCCCUGCUGAAAGUUCACAGUCUCUUCAGCAUGGUCGGCGUGAAUCACGCUUACGUAACGGCUAUUGGCAGAUUGGUCGGCGUUGUCGCGUUAAAGGAGUUGAGGAAGGCCAUUGAAGACGCAAACGCUGGGAUUCUGCCGAUGCAUUCCGAGUCGCAUAUUGCCGAGUCGAUCUCCAGUCUGACAAAGAGCGAGACGGAUACAGAAAGUAACAAAAACAUUAGCGCAAUGAACUCCAUAAAUUCGGUAGACAGCGAGAAAGUGGAUAAAGUUUAAAAGAACCGAACCGAGAUAAGUGAAAAUUUUGUGAUAGCCACGUCGUGAUACGAUGUGGCCUGAAUAAUGCGAGAACUGUUUAUUCCUAUUCUCUUCCUUUCAUGAUUAUUUGCGCGAUUCGAGUGAUGGAUCCAAAGUUACACAAAAUCGUUUAAUGAUAUUAAAUCUUGAAUACUUCUCUCUCGUACUUAAACCUAAGGUAAACAAAAUAUCGAGAAAGUUUUAAGAAAAGACGCGAGUAUGCGAAAUAGUAUUAAACAUGGUGUGACAUUGUAUUUUGAAAUUUUUUAAUUUUAUUCUAAUAUAAUAACGAAUGAUAUUAACUAAGUGACAUGAUUGCAGAGCAUGUUUUUCACGUUCGCGAUUAUAGUAGAUUAUUUUUAUCGAAUAAAUUCAAGAUUCAAUUUCUCGAUAAACGAUUUACAUAUGAAGGAAUAUCGUGGAGAGAGAAUUUAUAUUUUUUCCUUAUAUCUAGAUAAUUAAGAUAAUAUGCGCGUUCUUACACAUAUACAUGCAUGAUAUGUGAGAACGCGCACGAAAUCGGUCACUUCAUCUAUAUACGAUAGCAGUGCUCGAAAUAUUUGCUAAAUUGUAAUCGACAUAGCAAAUAAAUCGCGCAUUUUGUCAAACGCCAGUUAUAGCGAGUCAUAUUGGGACUUGCGAAAUUUUGUAUCUUAGUUGAAGAUUCGAACUAAGAAUAUACGUUUACGAAUAUGCUGUGAAUGACAAAUCUAUUGUUAUAUAAGGUAAGUUGCUUUUCUUUUUCCAAACGCAAGAAUUUUGGCAGAGCGAAAGUGACUUGAAGUGCCAAACGCAACGUAACACUGCACUUCCUUCCGGGACACGAAAUGCAUAAUUUAUAUUGCGAACCGAUGUUAAUUUUAUAUGUUAGAUCAUUCAGGAAUUGUAUGCCAAUGCUCCCUUAGUUAGAAAUUAUCUGACCAUGGUUGUGCCAGACUAUUAUUUAUUAAUGUAAUUGUUAAUUAAUAUUAUUUAAGAUAAAAUCACUGUGUUAUAGAUCAAACUUGGCGAGAAAAUAUCAAAAGAUAAUUCUCUUUCAUUCUCUACGCAAUACUUACAUAAUGUAGAAGCAAUCGAGAAAAAUGUUCCAACUGUCUAUUGGAUAUAUUUUAAGAAUAAUUCUCUAACUUGCAUUUAUUCUUAUAGGAUACAACUACUCAAUUCUUUUAUGAAAAUCAAGCAUGUGAAUUUUAUUUCUUAUUAAAAAUCUAAUUAGCAUAUGAAAAUUUGUAGGAUUAUAUCCUACAAAUUUUCAUAGAAUUUGCAAGGAUUAUAUCUUAAAGAGCAAUUCAAGCUUCAGCGUGUCAUGUAUAUCAAAAUGAAUAUUUUCAUAACUCGCUGUAUUAGAUAAAUAGGAGAUUAGAUAAAAUAUUAUGUAUGUCGCAGAGUUACCAUUCUAGUAAUUUUACACAAUAGAGACAAUGUGUCAUUUUAUCGAUAUUCGUUACUAUUACAGCUAGACUCAAUUUUGGCGAUAUUUAAUGCAUGUUUUACAUUCCACUGGACAAAAUUCUCAUCUCAUUAGAUGGUACAUACAUUACGUCACAUCAUCGUGUUAUACGCGAUGACACCGUUUGCCAUUGUAAAUACAUUACGCGCAUCGUGAAAAGACAUUAAAUAAUUUAUUAUAUCUAUAUAUUCGACAAUAUUGUGUGUAUAUACAUAUAUAUAUAUAUUGAUUCCAUUUUUUUAAAUAUUAAAACACCAACAAAAGAAGAAGCGUUCUUGCAAAAUGUAUACGAUACUAUUACACGAUUCUCGAUAGAUGUAAAAUAAUAUUAGGAUAAGAUUCGACUAUAAAUUCGAUAAGAU